AGCUGCCUCUGGGAUCGCGCUAGCGCUAAAUGCUGCUGUCUAGAGGCAGAGGAGUAAACUACCAAGUGUGCACAGGCUAGUUAGCUAAUCAGGUGGCUGCUCAGUCAGCUCACUUGCAGACGAGCGGCGUUGUAGCGGGAGGAAAUGUUAUCAUGGUCAUAACUCCAACGCUAGCCAAAACGAAAAGGCUCGCAACGGUUAAAAGGAAUUUUAAAAGGCGUUUCUUCCCGAGUUGAGGAUGUCUAAACGCCUGCGAAACACUGAGGUCUGCGCAGAUUGCUGUGUCCCAGAACCUCGCUGGGCCUCGGUGAACAGAGGCGUGUUGAUCUGUGACGAGUGCUGCAGUGUUCAUCGGAGCCUGGGCAGACACAGCUCCCAAGUGCGCCACCUGACGCACACGCCAUGGCCCCCUACACAGCUGCAGAUGGUUCAGACAUUAUACAACAACGGUGCGAAUUCAAUUUGGGAGCACUCCCUUCUGGACCCUGCGUCUGUGACGAGUGGAAAACGCAAGGCCAACCCUCAGGACAAACUCCAUCCAAACAAAUCAGAGUUUAUAAGAGCCAAAUAUCAAAUGCUGGCGUUUGUCCAUCGCAUGCCUUGCCGAGAGGAUGACAGCUCAACAGCCAAGGAUUUAAGCAAGCAACUUCACUCAAGCGUACGCACUGGUAAUCUGGAGACUUGUUUGAGGUUGCUGACACUGGGAGCUCAAGCAAAUUUCUUUCAUCCUGAAAAGGGAAGCACUCCUUUGCAUGUAGCUGGAAAGGCUGGGCAAGUAUCUCAGGUUGAACUGUUAACCGUUUAUGGGGCAGAUCCUGGUGCUCCAGACAGCAGUGGCAAAACUCCCAUUGACUGUGCAAGAGAAGCUGGCCACAACGACCUGGCAGACAGGCUGGUGGAAAUUCAGUAUGAACUAACCGAUCGACUGGCGUUUUACUUGUGUGGACGAAAACCAGAUCAUAAAAGCGGCCAGCACUUCAUCGUUCCACAAAUGGCCGACAGCAGUGCAGAUUUAUCGGAACUUGCAAAGGCAGCGAAAAAGAAACUGCAGUCUCUCAGUAAUCAUUUAUUUGAGGAGUUGGCCAUGGACGUGUAUGAUGAAGUGGACAGGCGAGAGACUGAUGCAGUGUGGUUGGCAACACAGAAUCACAGCACGCUGGUCACAGAGACAACUGUGGUUCCUUUCCUUCCUGUGAAUCCGGAGUAUUCAUCGACACGAAACCAGGGGCGACAAAAGCUUGCAAGAUUUAAUGCACAUGAAUUUGCAACUUUGGUCAUUGACAUAUUAAGUGAAGCAAAGCGCAGACAGCAAGGGAAUCCGAUAGUCAGUCCCAAAGACAAUGUUGAACUUAUCAUGAAGAACGUGGCCGUCAGACACUGUAGUGAUAGCCAGGACAAUGACCAGCCUGACUAUGAUAGUGUGGCAUCUGAUGAGGAUACAGAUCAAGAACUCCCAUCAAGCAAAGGAGACAGGACCAAGAGCCUGGACUCGGACCUCUCAGACGGACCCAUCACUAUGCAAGAAUACCUGGAGGUGAAAAACGCCCUCUCUGCCUCUGAAGCAAAGAUCCAGCAACUCAUGAAAGCAAACAACAGUCUGAGCGAUGAGCUGAGGCUCAUGCAGAAAAAGCUGCAAUCUCUGCAAAGCGAGAACACCUCUCUCAGGCGGCAGGUCACUACCAAUAUCUAUCAGAUCCCCAGCGGUACAGACUACCCUGACCCCUCCAGUCCCUCUGCCCUGAAACGCCGGCAGUCUGCACGGGCCAGUCGGCCCAUGUCUAUGUAUGAGACCGGCUCAGGCCUGAAGCCCUAUCUCCCUAAAGGGGAAACUCCCUACUCAGAGGAGGGAAUCCCCACCUUGCAACCCUUCCCACCUCAUACGGAAAGGGGCGCUUUUGUGACCACCUCUUCAUCCCUUCCCUCAUUUCCAUCCACCUUGUCUUGGUCGAAGGACGACAGUGCUCAAAAGGCUUCAAAAUUGGAGAAGCAAAGCAGCAUGCCAGAAAGUGACUAUGACAACACGUUCAAUGACUCUGAGCUGGAUGACUCGGGGUUCUGCAGGAGAGGGAGGCUGAGGAGCAGUGGCUGGCUGGGGGAGGGUAGCUCUAUCCCUGAACUUGAUGAUUUGGAGAUGGACUCUGACCCCACGCUUCCCAGCACAGAGGACGUCAUCCGCAAGACCGAACAGAUCACCAAGAAUAUCCAGGAGUUGCUGCGAGCUGCUCAGGAGAACAAACAUGACAGACCAUGUGAACGUGAAGGCGUGCGUCGGCUCAGGCACAGCCUGGGAUGUUUCAGCACUCUGGUACCCUGGGCUGAGAAGGCCCCCUCUCCCCUUCAGCCGCUCAGCCUCCGGUCCCCUGACCCCACCUCCUGCUUCAUACCCUGCUCAGAAAGAAUACAUGUGGCUGUAACAGAAAUGGCUGCCCUAUUUCCCAAGAAGCCGCGUUCAGAGACGGUGAGAGGCUCUCUGCGCUUGUUGACCUCCAGUGCGUGCAGGCUUCAGGGCGAGUGCCGGAAGGCGGUGCCUUCGGAGGGCUGCCCAGGACCGGACAUGCAGCUGGUCACCCAGCAGGUCAUCCAAUGUGCUUAUGACAUUGCCAAGGCCGCCAAGCAGCUUGUCACCAUCACCACAAAGGAAAAUACCAACUAACAGCACUUACAGGGCUGCAAAGAAGUCAGCAUCUCAGUUUUGUUUUUAUACACAUUUAUAAUUAUUUUAUUGUUUUUGUUUUUUGUAUCUGUGGUAUAUGCAUGCCUUGUUUUUUAACUAUUUAUGAAUAAGCAUUGAAAAUAUUUAAAGACAAAGUUGGACAAAGUCUUGGCGUCAAGGGAAAAGUCGGAAACUUAGCCAGCUUUUGUAGAAGCACAUUUUCUGAUGGGGGGGGGGGGUGUGACCUUCCAGCUAACAUGCUGGGGAAAUAGCUUGUUUUGUCUUUGAUAAUUAGAAUUACAAAAUAUCAUUAAAGAGUUAAUGCCUUGCAUUAGGACAAAGAGCACAGUAAAUUAAUAUGAUAGUGGUCAGUGUUAUCAAACCAAAGCCACGCAUGGAUGCUGAAAAACCAUAAAUGAGCCAUGAAAUCAUUAUCAUUGGAUGCUAUUACAAACACUCUUGUAGCAAAAGGAGCUUCCUCUAAUAUAUUGCACUGUUUAAGCAUCACUACACUGUAAAGUUUUAAUAUGAAAAAAGGAAAAAAAAACGAGCGUAUGGUUUUGUUAGCUUCCAUAAGUUGAAGACUUUACGCACACUUCAGUUUCAGUGCAAUGCUGAUAAUGUUUGUUACACUGAGAAAAAAAAAGUUAUUUAUAUGACCUGCUCCCUGCCCAAGUGUAAUCCAGUCUGCAGUGCACUUACUGCAGCUAUUUAUGUGUGCCCAUUUGUCAAGUCAAUGAAUGCAAGAAACACUUGUUCAGGGGCCAAGUUAUCAUCUUCACCAGCACCGAGAUGUUGUUGCAUCAAGUUAGGAUUAUUUGGUGUGUUUCUAAUAGGCUACCCAUUGCACUGUACACUACAGCCACUCUUGGUGUUAAUAUUUAGUGCUAGUAACCAUACUGUAUGUAUGUCCACGUGUAUUGUGCUCCGUUCUGUUGCUGCUAGUUUUGUGUGUAAUGUGCAACAUAUGGGAUCCUGUAAUACUGUGCUAGCCAAUGUUCAUCAUCGCCAGGUGUUGCAGAUUUCAUUUUCCUUCUGAAAUCUGUUCUAAGUAACGUCCAUCUCUGUGCUUGCAUGGAGUGCAGGGAUGCGUGAUGCAGCAGAAGGUGCAUUUUGGGGAAAUAAUUAUUUUCUAAAUAAACUUAAUUUAUAACUAAAA